AUGGGGGAUGCUGACGCCUUGAAGCAACGCGACAGGUUUUCGUUGGAGGAUCUCGUGCUGCAGACUUAUGAAAACUUCGAAAACCGCAUGCAGAGGCAGACUUCCGAAACGAGAAGGAACAUGUUUGGCAACAAGACCGAGGAGACCGGUUAUCCUGCAGAAAAACGCACCCACACCAGAGACAGAGUUGUAUAUUGUAUAUAUGUAUGUAUGCCACCCAGAAUAAAUAUCUCUCACGCGGCGGUCCCAUGAGUGGCAUUGUGUAGCCGUUUUUGGAUGGAAGCCACUUCUUGUGCUGUGUAUAAAAAUCAGCAGAGAGUGGAAGAACAAGUCGAUCCGCCGUGCUGCGGCUUUUACUAGCUAGGCACGACUGCCUCAUCUCCAAACUUGUCAUGCGGAGCUCGCGGAACCUCUGGACUUUUCUAAUAAACCUUAUAUCUUGCCUAAGGGAUCGUGGGUGCGUUGUUUUUACACAGGACACCGUUGGAGACCAGUGUUGCGACACUUGCUGUGAAUGGAUCGGCCGGCCGCGUGCUCGUAUUGCCAAUCCGCAGGAACUGCACACGAUGGACAUGCCGCUAAGUCACGGAAGUUUGCGCAGUCGCAGGCUAGAGCCACACGCCGAGGCGUGUGCCAGAUGUGAUCAGUGUUGGGCGCACUGCUGGGGCAAGACGUGCUGCCGGGACAUUGUCGGCAACUGCUGCUUCCGCAAUUGUCCGGGACAGGUACUGGACGGCUGCGUCGGUUGCGCUUCAACGGCGUGCAACGCGACCCGUACCGGGUACCGAGCGGCCCGUUCUUGGGCCGGCCGGGGGCCCUGCAUCCGCGGGUCCGGCGCUUUGGGUUGCCGUCUGUGUGAUAGUGCUGGCAGAGCCGGG